AUGGAUGCCUUCAUAUCGAAGAAGCGAAGACGCAUCUCUGAUGUGUCUUCUCCAUCUGCCCGAACCGGUCAGCAACAUGAUCACGAGGAGACCACCGAGAUGAAGCUUGCUCUGCUUGCAUCCCUGCACCCCGAUAUUACCCAAGACACCUUACUUGAGGCCUUACUCUCUGAAGAUGGCCAAGUAGAUAAGGCUUCCGAUAGCCUGGCAGAUAGAGCCACGUCCCUGGGUCCUCCGAAGAGAGCCAAAACCGUGGGUCACCAAUCCACUCUGGGCAAUCUCAUCCGCGCUGCCGGGGGUGAGCUUCUCUCGUCGAGACCUCUUACCAAGAAAGGCAAGACUCUUUUUCUUUACAGCCCCAAGGAUAUUGAAACACAUACACCUUGUUCCAUUAUCCACAAUUUCCUUCCUGCUCACGAAGCCAAUGCCUUGCUUGAGGAGCUGCUGCAUGAGUCAAAGACAUUCGAAAAAGAGACGUUUCAGCUCUUUGAUCGUACUGUUGAAAGCCCGCAUACCAUGUCUUUCUAUGUCGACAGCUUUAAGGAAGUCGAAGAGCAGAAGACAACCUACGUCUACAAUGGGAGUCAAAUCAAAGACAUUCGACAAACACCUUCAAAAAUGCUGUCUGCCUCUGCAAAGGUGCGUCGAGCUGUCAAUCUCGAAAUACAGCGCCGCAUAGCACAGUUUUAUCCUGAUGGUAAGAAAUUGAGAUAUCAAGACCCCAAAGAAUGGAAACCAAAUACUGCCUUUGUAAAUUGCUAUGACGGGCCCAAGGAGAGUGUUGGUUAUCACUCUGACCAGCUGACAUACCUCGGGCCUCGCGCUGUCAUUGGCAGUCUCUCUCUAGGAGUGGCUCGAGAAUUUCGAGUUCGCAAGAUUGUUCCAAGAGAUGUCAAUGACGAAUCCGAGGAUGCAGGUGCAGCAGACUCGCAAGGCCAAAUAUCGAUCCACCUACCUCACAACUCUCUGCUUGUCAUGCAUGCCGAAAUGCAAGAGACAUGGAAACACUCGAUUGCUCCAACCACCGCCAUUGACCCACAUCCUAUUGCUGGCAACAAGCGAAUCAACGUCACCUACAGAUACUACAAACCAAACUUCCAUCCGAAAUUCACACCGAGAUGCCACUGCAAGAUACCUACAGUCCUCAGAUGCGUACAAAAGAAGUCUGAAAACUUGGGCCGAUACAUGUGGAUGUGUCAUGCCAGCUACACACCUGGUCAAAAAGGCUGCACCUUCUUCAAAUGGGCCGAGUUUGAUGAUGAUGGCGAGCCUCCAUGGAAGGACAUCGUAGAGCAAUCUACAGGUGUUUCAAAAUGGCAUGUUUGA